AUGCGCGGCCGCUCAAGGCAGUCCAAAUCAUGGGAGGAGCAACUGUACGAGGACGAGGACAACUAUGAUGAUACCGAGAGUGACAACGAUGUGGUAUUAGACGAGUCGGAUCUGCUGCAUAGGUAUGAGCGGAGGUUUCCGGUCCUGAUGGUUUCGUUUGUCGGGCCCCCAAGUGCGCGUAUCAACUACGCAUGCAUGUCCGGUCGCGAUAUCAAGAUAUAUCAGUCAAGGAUGUAUAGCUUGGAAGAGCGAAAUGAUGAUUUGAUGGAGUUUCUCGCCGGUAUACUCCUCAGCAAGCCUCUGAAUGAAAGAAGUGGCCAGGGAAAGAAGGGCCACGGCAGGUCUUGA